AACACAUUGAAAAUAAAGGAAACAGCAGGAGAUAAGGAGACAGAAUCCAAAUGGGAAGCAAAGAAGUGGAGUCAUACUUCGUGUUCAUGAACUAUGAUCCCCAAUACGAGCGUCUUCGAGCGGAUCGAACCAAGAGUGGAUCACAUGAACUUGACGUCUAUCUCAGUAAGAAGCACGAUGAACUGUUAGCCAGAACCCUUGAGCCUGGAAGCUACACCAAGACAUCUUCGUUGGUCAUUGUUGAUGGAUUUGCUGUCAAAAUCACGGAAGAUCAAGCGAAAGUGCUUAGAUCUGCAAAAGGAGUGAGGGUUGUGGAGAAAAACGAGGAAGUGGCCUAGGAUAGAAGACAAGAUCCGCGUUUCAGAAGAAAAUUAAUUAAAGUCGCAGGUUCACUGAUAUUUCUGAAAAACUUGUGGCUAUCAAGUGAAUGUUUCAUGGGUGUUUGAAUUUCAAUUUCCUUGAGUCAUCUGGGAGCUGACAAUGUUUGUUGAAGUAGUGAUCAUUAUUGUGGUACCUCAUGACUGUAGCAAUAAUAUCUUCUUCUUUUU